UUAAACCAGAUUCUGAAGCUCAGCUAUCAGUAUGGAUGCUUCGACUCGAGCUGCUUCAACAAUAAUAGAAGCUGAGGAGGUUGUUCUGCCUGGAGGAGAGCUAAAGAAAGGGCCAGUAUACGUCAGUAUAGUACAAGAUACCAUUACUGAUAUUACCAGUACUCGCCCACCAACAGUUAAAGAUGUGAUUAAGACUCAUUUAUUGACUCCUGGCUUCAUUGACUUACACAUUCAUGGAUUAGGUGGAACCAAUGAUGUGAUAGAUUUCUGGUCAAACCCAGGCUACACACUCUCUCGUCUGCCAAUGGGAGGUACCACAAGUUGCCUAGCAACCAUUGUCCUACCUAAGAGCUCAUCUCAACCAAACACUCUACAAUUAUUUGAUAAGUUAAAAGACGUUAUUGGUAGGACUGAUACUGGCGGUGCUGUACUGGAAGGAAUUAAUGCUGAAGUAAUAGGUAUUAAGCCUUCAUUGGGGCAUGAUAAAGAAGCAAGUGAGAGUGAGAUAUUAGAUGCUUUGAGACUAUCAAAAGAACCAAUGCAUAUAACACAUUUAUUUAAUGUAUGCAGCUUUCAUCAUAGACUCCCAGGAUUAGUUAACAUUGGUUUAGCAUCAGUAUAUCCUAAUUUACCAGAAUAUACUGACAUAAUACCGCCAACUUUUGAAGUAAUAGGAGACUUGGCACACGUGCAUCCAUUGACACUGUCAGUAUUACUAGAGGCAAGAGGAUAUGAGAGUGUUUGUUUUAUUACUGACUCAAUUUAUCAUUCAAAUCAACCUGGAGAGACCAUCAGCUACAAUGGAAGACAAUUGAUAGUGUCCAGUGAUUGUAAGACAAUGUUACUUAAAGGGACUAAUACACUGGCUGGUAGUUGUGUAUCCAUGUUGGAUAUAUUUCAUAAUUUAGUGAAUACAUUAAAUGUACCAAUUCCUCAAGCUGUAAGAAUGCUAGCAGAAAACCCAGCAAAAGUGGCUAGUUUAAAAGGACUUGGCUCCAUUGCUAUAGACAGCAGAGCUGAUAUGUUAUUAUUUGACAAAGAUCUCAUACUAACUGCAACUAUGGUGGCUGGAAAUACUGUCUGGAAGAAAUGACAUUAUUUUAAUGCAUACUGAGCUCACCUUUGAGGCAUAUUACUUGCUUCAUUAUGACUAUGUGACAAUGAAAUAAAAAAUAGAAUUAAUAUUUAUGUGUAUGGAGCAUUUAUGAUAUAACAUAUAUACAUACCCAUUGUUUUGUAUAUUAGUUGUUUACAAAGUUUUAA